ACUGUGGUUAUUACUAAUCGUGGUGUCUCUGCAGAAAGGACAACCGCAAGUCACUGGUUCCCGGAUGGCGAAGCUCUGCAUUGCGCUCGGACUGUGCGCCGCAGCAGCCUUCUUUUCACUGUCCCAGUUUGCAACGCGGCGAGGCAGGCAGGGGGAUGAUGUGAAAGCCCUGUGCUCGUGGCUAAUCAGUGCUUCCGUGCCAGAGAGAGUGAGGCAGUGGGCGCUGACAUCGCCUCUCCUGAACUGUGCUGCUUUACUGUCACAGCAACAAGUGGCCUCGGCAACGCCAACCAUCGCUACACCGCUGGAAAAUCAAUACAGGAAGGCCUUCCCAGCUUCCACCAUACUUUCCACGGAGUCCUGGUCCUUGGAGUAUGACGAAUUUACAUCUACAACGCUUCAAGAAGAACCGGAACAGGAAAUAACUACAACGCUCAGCUCUGCACCACCCGUCACGACGCUGAGAAACGAGGAGGCUACAGAGUCCGAGGCCUCCACGAAGUUUCUCAUGGACUCCUGGCCUACAGAUGACGAUGCCUCGACGCCCACCUAUACUAGUCAGAUUUCAUCGCACAUCGAAGAGUACCAGACAGGGUGGAGUGGAAAAGCUACAUAUUCAGAAGAUCUGUUAAGUGUUCAGCGAAAACAAGACACAGUAACAUCUUUGAACGAUAACUUGUUGUCUCUAAAUCAGGAUUCUCGAACAGCAGCUUACCUUUCUGUCGCUGAGAAAAAUGUAAAGCCCAAAGAAGUUAUGACGCCUAAACCGGCAUUCAUAGCAGACCAGCAGCAAGAUCGCCAAGCAACACCGACACCAGAACCCACACUCCCAUCUUUGAACUAUCUAGAUCGAGAGAUAACGACAAUUCCAUUUUCAAGUUUAAGUCCUACGCCUCAGCAGAGACAAACGAUGAAUGUCAAGCCUGUAACACAGUUUGGAGUCAAAUCAGAAGAGAAGGCGAAAAUUAGUGCGGAUUCAUUUUUACUUCAGGCUACAGGAGAAGACUCCACCACUGAGCUUGAGACUCCAGAGACAACGCAAUCAGAUUUCGAGAAACAAGAAGCGCUCAGUACCAUAUUUACUCUGCCCACAGUACUGAGGCACGCGGAGAAGCAACAGUUUUCUAAAUCAACAACAGCCCUCGAAUCUGGCAUGGAGGAAUACGAAAACACUACGUCGCUACCUUCGGUACCACCAUUAACACUGAGCAAAUUGGAACGAGAUGCUGAUCUCAGUAUUUCAACAUUUGACGUGUUAUUGCAGCACUCGAUAGAAGUGCCAGGUGCCUCGCAAGCCAGCACGAAUCUCGACGUGCAGACUGAAAAUCAAACCACAGGGGCGCCGCCGUCGCGUAGUACAGUGUCAGAGGCUCACGCCGAAGACGUUCCGACUCCAGAUCCUGCUUCAGAAAUUCCUUCGCAACAGCCUGAAAACGACAGCAGCUUACCCUAUAUAUUCGUCCAGCGUCACGACCAACAAGGUACCAAUGAAUUGUCCUCAUUUCUCCCUAUUUAUACAUCAACAGUAGCGAACCUGAAUACGCCGCUGUCUGCAACGCCAGAGGUUGUCCCUCAGUCAGAAAAUACGCAUGCGUCUCAUCCUUUGCCCGACUCACCCACUACUCCAAACGAUAUGCAUCGUGCGACUAUAACAGCGCUUGAUACACCCACUCUAGCAAGCUUUCUCGAAGAGGUGGAAACUAUGAAGUCAGCAACUGAGAAGCUUACCUUUGAACAUCAAGAAGAAGCAACGCAUGCGUCGGAGCCACUGUUCGAACAUUCCAGCAGUGUAAACAAGCAAGACAGCACGACGUCAUCGAUUAUCGCGUCACCUCUCAAAGUUGUUGAAUUGUCAACAACUACGGAGCCCACACCUGAGGAACCUGAAGGACCAAAGGUGGUCUGCUACUUCCCUGCGUGGUCUUUCUUCAGGGGUGGCCGGGGUCACUACACACCAGAGGACAUCGACCCGCAGCUUUGCACGCACGUCAUCUAUGCAUGGGCAUCCUUGGACAACGACUCGCUUCAUAUCGCCAGUGCUGACUACAAUGCUGACAUCAAGUACAACUUAUACAAUAGGACCCUAGCACUGAAGGCAGUGAACCGUCGGCUGAAAGUUCUGCUCUCCCUGGGAGGUCGGGGCUCCAGCGAGGACACGUACUCGACUCUUGCCGCCAACUCCACUGCCAGGCGCAGUUUCGCCCGCCACGCGGCGACCUUUGUGGCCGAACACCGCUUCGAUGGCCUCGACGUCGACUGGGAAUACCCGAGCUGCGUCGGCGACGACUGUCGCGAUAACAUGCCGGACAAGAGGAACUUUGUGCUGCUGCUGCAGGAUAUCCGAGAGGCGUUCGACGCGUUCAACCCACCUUUGCUGUUGACAGCUGCAAUAUCCGGAAACGUGCAAGUCAUCAGAAAAGCUUAUCAUGUGGCUGAAAUGUUCAACCAGACGGAUUUCAUCAGCGUCAUGGCCUAUGACUACUUCGGCACCCAGAACCCCGUCGUUGCUCACUACUCACCUCUCCAAAGUGCCACGGACGAGACCAAUCCAGAAAUGAGCAUCGAGUACGUGGUGAGCACCCUGAUGGCUAUGGGAGCACCCGCAGAGAAGUUGGUGCUGGGCGUCCCGUUCUACGCCCGGUCGUACACUCUGGCCAACCCUCGCCUGAACUACAUCGGAGCACCCGCAAGGGGCAAAGGCGAGCCCGGUCCGGUCACGGCUACACCUGGCACCCUCGCUUACUACGAGAUAUGCAGCGCCAUCAAGGCAGGCGGUUGGACGACGAUGAUGGACCCCCGAGCGGGCGUGUACGCCUACGCGGGCGACCAGUGGGUCUGCUUCGACGGGCCCCGCUCGCUGAUGCGGAAGGCGCGCUUCGCCCUUGACGCGGGGCUCGCCGGACUCAUGGCCUGGGACCUCAGCAUGGACGACUUCCGGGGAGAGUGCGGUCGCAAGAUUCCCCUGCUCAACGCCAUCCACAGAGUCUUCUAUCCUCCGAAGACCGCGGCUAUUGCGAGGGGUAGCGGCUGAGCGAAGCGACGUGGCAUCUGCGGACACUCUGCUGGGCAAAGCCGGGACUCGACUGACGCGUCAAUCAUCAAACGCAGUUGUAUUGCGCAGGAGUUGACGCUGCCUACUCCGAUACUGUGCACGCGUCGUACGCGCGUUGCGAUCGGCACGUAGCGUACUUGCGUGGUAUUCCGAUUCUACCGCGUUGGCGCAGUGCCUCUCUCAGCAUUCUCUCGCAUUACUCUGGUCAUACGCACUUCGAGGCACCACACCCGCCUGGGACGCAAUGGUUUAUUUGGAAAUUAUGUUGUCGCGUGCCCCGCGCAUUGUUUCUAAAAGCUAGCUUGCGUUGUUCCCGGCACUCGGGCAUAAUUUACGUUCUAGUUAUUCCUAUCGCACUUGCUUAAUUUUGCGUGGUGGAGCAGAAAGUCCAGGUACUGUGAGUUUGCUUUGAAACCAGCAGAUACUUCGUGUAACGUACUUCCCGUCGCUCAAGGACAUGCCGUGCUCACAAUGGUACUAAGAGCGCGAGAUACAGAUAUUGUAGAGCGUGGGGCCAUGCGCGCUCAAACUCAACUACGCUCAAAUAGAAUAUACGCGUACCAGCAGUCCCGACUGACGUCACGCGCACGUGAUCUGUUAGACUUCGAAAGCCACGAAUGAGAGCAAGCACAGCCUAUAGAAAGUGUUUGUGCCAUAACCUCAUUGGCCGUUCAAAAAACCUUGCGUCAUGGAAUCACCAAGCCCCUGGACUCAUUCCCAAAAUAAACAAACCACGAGCA